UUACGUAAUACAGAGGAAAGUCCUUAUCUGGGCAAAUGUCGGUACAUUCGUAUGGCUAGUUCACCGAUCCAGUCCAGUCAGCGACAAGGACCGCGGGGCUCCCUUUUGUGUGGGCGCAGUCCAGACGCCGAGGAGGGUUUGUCGGAACAGGGCGGGCGUGCGUCUGACUUGGAUCCCCGUCGGGCUCAAUCGAUGGACCUCUCUCGUUCCUGUGCUCGUCCCACUGCUUUGGACCUCAAGCCCUUUCACCAUUCCUCCUACACUGAAACUGACGAAGGCACAUCUUCCAUGGAGUUCCUGCAAACGCGAUCUGAGGCUCUGCCUAUCCAGAAUCGGAAAUUAUCCCGACGCCAGCUUCUUGCCAUGACCCAUGCGAGUUUACCCAGUCCUCUAAAGUGUCCUGUCACGUUGCCAUACUACGGCCAGUCUCCCGAAAUUAAUGAUAUCUCCGAAUUCGAGGACACGGAUUCAGGCGGAGGCGGCAUCCGUUUUAAUGGCAACGGUUCAAAUUCCGUCGAACAUAGUCGCUCCCAGACACAUUCGCCAGCGUCUGGUCGCCAUGUCAACGGUCAGGAGUCUGGCGGACGAGCGCCGGAUUCCGGAAUCGAGACCACAAACAUGACGGUUCACACAAACGGAUCCUCUGGCAAUGGUGAUCAGGAGCAGAUGUUCGAGCCCGCCGAACCUAGCCUAGAAGACGUUCAGCUGGGCUCCUUUAAUAGCCUGCAAGGUAUGCUCUAG